CCGCAGGGGCAGGUGGGGGUGCGGCGCGGCGCUGCGCCUGAGCGCCGAGGGGCGGAAGCGGCCGCCACACCUCGGGCGCCGCGGAGCGUCCGGGGCUGGCGCGGGCGGAGCCGCCCCGAGGGCCGCGCGUGUCCCCGGCCUCGGCCCCGCCCCGCGCCGUCCAAUGAGAGCCUGCGGCCGAAGGGGCUGUCCGCACAUUCUGCCCGCAGCCCCACUCUGCGCCGCAGACCCCCUGACCCCGCAGCCUGCGCCCAGACCCGAGCUCGGCGCGCCGUCGUCGGCUCCCGGGCACCGCGCUCUGCGCCUCUCCGGGACUCCAGGUGCCCCUGGACGCCUAGUCGCCAGCGAGCCCUAUGGCCCCCCAGGGGGGUGAAGUAGGGGCGGCCUGAAUCCCUCCAGACAGCGCCCUGUCCACUCCUCCGGGGAGCUAUGCUGAGGCCGGGUGGUGCGGAGGAAGCCGUGCAGCUCCCCUCCCGGCGCAUCCGCGCCCCGGCGCCCGUGUCCAGACCCGCGGUCCCCGACAGCUCUCGGGCUUCGGGACGCGCGAGUCUCGCCUGCCUGCUGCUGCUGCUGCUGCUACUGACGCUGCCGUCCCGCGUAGACACGUCCUGGUGGUACAUCGGGGCACUGGGGGCCCGAGUGAUCUGUGACAAUAUCCCUGGUCUGGUGAGCCGGCAGCGGCAGCUGUGCCAGCGGUACCCCGACAUCAUGCGGUCUGUGGGCGAGGGUGCCCGAGAAUGGAUCCGAGAGUGUCAACACCAGUUCCGCCACCACCGCUGGAACUGCACCACACUGGACCGGGACCACACUGUCUUUGGCCGGGUCAUGCUCAGAAGUAGCCGGGAGGCAGCCUUUGUAUAUGCCAUCUCAUCAGCAGGGGUGGUCCACGCGAUCACUCGUGCCUGUAGCCAGGGUGAGCUAAGUGUGUGCAGCUGUGACCCCUAUACCCGUGGCCGACACCAUGACCAACGUGGGGAUUUUGACUGGGGCGGCUGCAGUGACAACAUCCAUUAUGGUGUUCGCUUUGCCAAGGCUUUUGUGGAUGCCAAGGAGAAGAGGCUUAAGGAUGCCCGGGCCCUCAUGAACUUACAUAACAACCGCUGUGGGCGCACGGCUGUGCGGCGGUUUCUGAAGCUGGAGUGUAAGUGCCAUGGUGUGAGUGGCUCCUGUACUCUGCGCACCUGCUGGCGUGCACUCUCAGACUUCCGCCGCACAGGUGAUUACCUGCGGCGGCGCUAUGAUGGGGCUGUGCAGGUGACAGCCACCCAGGAUGGUGCCAACUUCACAGCAGCCCGCCAAGGCUACCGCCAUGCUACCCGGACUGACCUUGUCUACUUUGACAACUCCCCAGACUACUGUGUCUUGGACAAGGCUGCAGGUUCCCUAGGCACUGCAGGCCGUGUUUGCAGCAAGACAUCUAAAGGGACAGAUGGCUGUGAAAUCAUGUGCUGCGGCCGAGGAUAUGACACAACCCGAGUCACCCGUGUCACCCAGUGUGAGUGCAAAUUCCACUGGUGCUGUGCUGUCCGGUGCAAGGAGUGCAGAAACACUGUGGAUGUCCACACAUGCAAGGCCCCCAAGAAGGCAGAAUGGCUGGACCAGACCUGAACAUAUAAAUACCUCACUGUUCCUCUACUUCAAACCUCCUGACUUAAAAGCACAAGAUCUUUGCAUGCACACCUCCCUCCACCCUCAACCUUGGGCUGCUAUUUUAAGCUUAUAUUUAAGGAUUUGGAGAGUAAUCCAGAGGGACUUUGGUGUCCUGGCUGGUUCCUUAGCCCUGGGAAGGAGUUGACAGGGGAUGUAAGAAACUGAGCAGCUUCCUGCGUGCCCCACCUCAGGAGGCUAGAGGAGAAAGUGGAAGAAAGGGAAAGGUCUUCAGAGUGAUAGGAGUUGCACUAAUGCACAUGGUGAAGGCCAUUUUUCCUUUCCCUUGCACUAGCUUCCUGACACUUCUUGUUUGUGCAAGAGGAAGGAUACCUGAGAAAAGAGCUUCUUUUUUGUUCCUACCUGGUGAGGGUGGAUGGGACAGAUAAGAAACCACAUAGCUGUUCCCUGGGUCAGUUUGGGCAGAAUGGUUGGUACCCCAAAAGAAACUCUUAGGCUACUACAUUCUCCAUUAUCAAGAGGCUAAGAUUGCUAGAUAAGAGUUAACCAUAGUGAACAAAGUUCCUUUCACAUGGUCGUAUGUUCAUAAAUGGCUAUGUUUUGUAGGGGGAAAAACUUUAUUUAUACAAACAUACAUUCUCUUCCCAUCACUCUUCUCUUCAACCUGUAUCAGGGAGCACUGCGUCUUUGUUCACUUGCUGCCUCUUCAAACUGAAUGGCCUGCAGUGGUUCCCAUGCCUAACAGAUCACUAGAAUAUCCUGGAACACUCCUGAGAAAGAGUAAUUUUGUAAGCCUGCCUAGGCUUUGGGUUUUGUUUUUUGGUUUUUUUUUCUUUUAAGUUUUCCAUGCAUUAUUCUGGUGACCAACCAGGUUUGGCAAACACUGAGUAAAAGACAUGUAACUCAUGGAGUGAGGAGAAGGUAGCAAGCCUGAUCUCAAGGGCCCACAUGAGGCAUCAGUGUAUACAAGGCAGGUGGUGAUCUCUGGCUUUGGUGAUAUUUAGGAGAAGCUCUUAGCCUUUGAAGCUGGGAGCAGGAGCCUGUGGCUACAGAGGAAAGGAGAGCUGGAGCUUGGGGCCAAAGUGCUAAACAGCAGCUUAGCAAGUAGCCUUUACCCAUUUAUUCAACAAAGCUUUAUUUAGUGAUUCUCCAAGUUUUGGUGACUAUUAUUGUUCACUCCAUGUCUGCCUUCAAUAGGGUAGCUCCUUUUGUGCUACCUCCACUGCUUAACUAAGUUGGUGUAGUAGAGUCUCCAGAGAUAGGAGGCUUAGUAAGCUAGAGGGUAGGAUACAGAAUCCCCCCAAAACAGUGAUGCCCUAUUUUUAUGUGACUUGGACAAUGGCUGUCUUUUGCCUGUUAAUAUUUUAAAAGAGCAGAGUGGUAUAGAAAUUUGCAGUUAUGACAGACCUGGGUUGAAAUCACAACUGCGCCACUUACUGUUUUUGAUAUUUUGAGCAAGAUAAUCCAAAUUAUCUGGGCCUCUAUCUUCUCAUCUGUAAAAUGAUCCUAUCUUGGAUACUGAGUUUUAAUUAUGCCCCAAAUGCCAGCCACCCGACACUCUUACCAAAGCCCAUAACUGGGUUAGCACAUCAUGAAUUCUCUCAGAACCUCCAGUUAAUAACUAUGAAGUAUUGACAACAGGCUGUAAGUUAAGGGGCAUACACAAGGAAUUCCAAAUAUAGGCCCCCCUCCUUUCCCUUUCCCAAGUUCCUCUCCAACAUCCCUUGGGGUCCUCACAUGUUUGUGGAACAGCUUCACUGUGCACAGGCAGCAGAAGGAUGAGGGAGCCAUAGCUCUGGACCAUGGAAGAGGAUUUAUUUAGAUGAUAGGACUAAUAUUUGUGUAACCUGCUGAGACCCAUGUGGGAGAGUUUAGGGUGGUUUUCUUCUGGUGAGGGGAUUUGCUCUGGUUUCACAUCCAUUAACACAAAACAUAAGCUAGUCAGGGCCCUUGUGGUCUGCAGUGAGGGGAUUCCUGUGGAGAAAUGGUUCUAAGUGAGUCAGGACAGGGGAAUGUCUUCCUUGCAAAGUAGAGUCAACUGGAUAACUGAUGAGCCAAUAGUGAGUUAGAGAGGGGGUAAAUUGGGGGGGGCAGGGAGCUUUUGACACCAUGAGCUGGGAUUGAGGAAGAAAGCUUUAGAGUACUCAGGAGAUAAGGGGCAUAUAGUCAGUCUGAACUCCUAGAGUUUAAUGAAUUUACAAAAGGGUGUUGUCUUGUAUGCUGGGACACUGGGAAGGGACUCAGGUCCGAGUCAGCAUCUGCUCUCACAAGAACAUCUGGGUAGUUACCACAUAAAUGUUAAUCAUAAAUGUUAACUUUCCAUGGGAAAUCAACCUGAGUUAAAUCUA